AUGACCUAUAACAACAUAGGGAACUGCCACUGUUACCAUUACUGCGGCCAGGUCCUGGGGGAGUAUGUCAGCCUAGAAGGCUUUGCACAGCCCGUGGCCGUUUUCCUGGGAGUCCCCUUUGCCAAGCCGCCGCUCGGACCCCUGAGGUUUGCUCCUCCGCAGCCUGCAGAGCCAUGGACCUUCGUGAAGAACGCCACCUCCUACCCUCCUAUGUGCUCCCAAGAUGCCCCGUCGGACCAGGUUCUCUCAAGGCUCUUUACCAAAAGAAAGGCGAAGAUUCCUCUCAAGUUCUCCGAAGACUGCCUUUACCUAAACAUCUACACUCCCGCACACUUGAAGAAGAAGAGCAGGCUGCCGGUGAUGGUGUGGAUCCAUGGAGGAGGUCUGGUGGUAGGCGGGGCAUCAACCUAUGAUGGGCUGGCCCUCUCUGCCCAUGAAAACGUGGUGGUGGUGAUCAUUCAGUACCGCCUGGGCAUCUGGGGAUUCUUCAGCACAGGGGAUGAACACAGCCGGGGCAACUGGGGUCACUUAGACCAGCUGGCCGCGCUGCGCUGGGUCCAGGAGAACAUCGCCAAUUUUGGAGGGGACGCAGGCUCCGUGACCAUCUUCGGAGCCUCCGCGGGAGCUGAAAGUGUCUCCGUUCUUGUGUUAUCUCCCCUGGCCAAGAAUCUCUUCCACCGGGCCAUCUCUGAGAGUGGUGUGUCCUUCACCACUGGCCUGGUCAAGAAAGACAUCAAGGCCACAGCUCAGCAAAUCGCUACCUUUGCCGGCUGUCAAACCACCACCUCGGCGGUCAUGGUGCACUGCCUGCGCCAGAAGUCGGAGGAGGAGCUCAUGGAGACGUCGCUGAAGAUGGGCAGCAUGGACACUGUUAUGUCCUCUUCCCAGAGCCCGCCCUUCCUGUCCUCUGUGGUUGAUGGAGUGCUGCUGCCGAAGAUGCCGGAGGAGCUUCUGGCUGAAAAGCAGCUCAACUCCGUUCCGUAUAUCGUCGGAAUCAACCAGCAAGAGUUCGGCUGGAUUCUUCCUAUGAUGAUGGGUUACCCGAUCUCUGAAGGCAAGCUGGACCAGAAGACGGCCUCAUCACUCUUAUGGCAGUCCUACCCCAACAUCCCUGAGGCACUGAUCCCAGCGGUCAUUGAGAAGUAUUUAGGAGGGACAGAUGACCCUGUCAAAAAGAAAGACUGGUUCUUGGAGUUGCUGGCAGAUGUGGUAUUUGGUGUCCCAUCUGUGACUGUGGCACGUGGCCACAGAGGUGAGUCCCAGAGAUUGGACAGGAAGGGACACCAACCCCACCCACUUCGCUGUCUGUCCUGCCCACCCCUCAGCAUAGACAGGCCUCCGAGGCUGGUUCCAUGUGGCCAGGGGUGGGGCGCUGUCCUGUUUUGGUUUCUGCCAGAAGCGGACUCUGAGAAAAGGAUCCAAAUGCCGCUAGUUUAUUUGGAGGGCCAGGUCCUGGGGGAGUAUGUCAGCCUAGAAGGCUUUGCACAGCCCGUGGCCGUUUUCCUGGGAGUCCCCUUUGCCAAGCCGCCGCUCGGACCCCUGAGGUUUGCUCCUCCGCAGCCUGCAGAGCCAUGGACCUUCGUGAAGAAUGCCACCUCCUACCCUCCUAUGUGCUCCCAAGAUGCCAUGUCAGCCCAGGUUCUCUCGGAGCUCUUUUCCUUCAGAAAGGAGAACAUUCCUCUCAAGUUCUCCGAAGACUGCCUUUACCUAAACAUCUACACUCCCGCCGACUUGAGCAGGAAGAGCAGACUGCCGGUCAUGGUGUGGAUCCACGGAGGAGGUCUGGUGGUGGGCGGGGCAUCAUCAACCUAUGGGCUGGCCCUCUCUGCCCAUGAAAACGUGGUGGUGGUGAUCAUUCAGUACCGCCUGGGCAUCUGGGGAUUCUUCAGCACAGGGGAUGAACACAGCCGGGGCAACUGGGGUCACUUAGACCAGCUGGCCGCGCUGCGCUGGGUCCAGGAGAACAUUGCCAACUUUGGAGGGGACCCAGGCUCCGUGACCAUCUUCGGAGAGUCCGCAGGAGGUGCAAGUGUCUCUGUUCUUGUAAGUGUUCCUGGCCCUGAUGAGGCUUCGGAUGGACUCCCUGGGAGAUCCGCCGACCAUUACUAA